UCAGCUAGGCUAGGCUAACAAUUACGCGCGCCUUCUGAUUAAGCCAGAACGAAAUCAAAGUAACAACACCAUCAUCAUAUCCAUCCACAUCUCACCACAACCAUACCAGCAGAUCUUCAAUAUGGGUGACGUUUUAUUAGACAACCCUGCGACCCAGGUUUUGCCUCACCGAAAACCAUUGCCAUCCUCAAUACCAAACAUAGAUUCGCUGGAGGGAUUGGGGACAGAUGGAAGUGAUGAGUAUUCAACAUUGAAGAAGCUUCAAAGGCAUUUAGAGUUAGUGCACCGUUGGAUAGAUCAAAGGAAUCAGAGUGCUAACUAGGUCUGACAGAUAUAUUCAACUCCAGGAAGAAUACAUCAAGGAUGAACAACGGUAUGCGAUCUGAACUCCAUCUGCUGUACAGGCAAAUACUUAUCAUCAUUACUAUAACAGAAGCUUGAAGAGAGAACUUGUGCGAGCUCAAGAAGAAAUCAAACGUAUUCAGAGUGUACCUUUAGUGAUAGGACAGUUCAUGGAAGCUAUUGAUCAAAAGUACAACUCACCUCUUCGCAUCUUCACUACAAUCAGUAUUACUAACAUGAUCGAAAUAGUACUGGUAUCGUACAAUCAUCAACAGGAUCUAACUAUGUUGUUCGGAUUUUAUCUACUCUCGAUCGCGAACUUUUGAAACCAUCAUCCUCUGUCGCGCUCCACAGACAUUCAAAUUCUUUGGUCGACAUCUUACCUCCCGAAGCCGAUUCAUCAAUUGCUAUGUUAGGAUCUGAUGAGAAACCCGAUGUUACAUAUGCAGAUGUUGGAGGACUUGAUAUGCAAAAGCAAGAAAUUCGAGAAGCAGUUGAACUUCCUUUAACACAUUUCGACCUAUACAAGCAAAUUGGUAUUGAUCCACCACGAGGUGUUUUACUUUAUGGUCCACCCGGAACUGGAAAAACUAUGCUCGUCAAGGCAGUAGCAAAUUCAACAACUGCAAACUUCAUUCGUGUCGUCGGAUCGGAAUUCGUACAAAAGUAUCUUGGAGAAGGACCACGUAUGGUUCGUGAUGUGUUCCGUAUGGCCCGUGAAAAUUCCCCAGCUAUCAUCUUUAUUGAUGAAAUCGAUGCCAUCGCCACGAAACGUUUCGAUGCACAAACUGGUGCCGAUAGAGAAGUUCAACGUAUUCUUCUUGAACUUUUGAAUCAAAUGGAUGGUUUCGAUCAAACAUCUAAUGUUAAAGUCAUUAUGGCUACCAACCGUGCCGAUACUCUCGACCCUGCUUUACUUCGUCCAGGUCGAUUGGACAGAAAGAUUGAGUUCCCCAACCUUCGCGAUCGCAGAGAGAGACGAUUGAUCUUUACUACUAUUGCAUCAAGAAUGUCAUUGUCACCAGAAGUUGAUCUUGAUAGUUUGAUCAUUCGAAAUGAUCCAUUAUCUGGUGCUAUUAUUGCAGCUAUCAUGCAAGAGGCAGGUUUGAGAGCAGUGAGAAAGAAUAGGUACAACAUUAUUCAAUCUGAUCUUGAAGAUGCCUAUUCCAGUCAAGUUAAGGGUGCACAAGAGGUAUGUAUAGAGUUCAAAACUCGAGCAACUGUAAAUAUCUCUCUUGAACAUAUAUUAACACUUCCCAGGCCGAUAAAUUUGACUUCUACAAAUAAACAAUUGGAAUUUGUGAUAAGGAUGAUGGGAAGGGGUUGUGAUAUGAGAGCGGGGUGGAAAAUGGAAAAUGCCUUGAAAUGUAACAUUUCUGACAAGUAUCAGAUGGUUCAUUUUAGGCUUUUGCAAUUGUACCAACAUCCAAAACAUUACGUUUGUAUUCAUAGACUCUGCAAUUAAUUCAGGGAUCUUAUACAAAGUUCAUGAAUCUAUACCCUAUUGAUAUGGAAUCUACCGU